CAGAUACUGGAUCAUCAGCGAGGCUGAUUUACAACGGUACUCGUAGGCCAGCCCAGAGAAACUCCACAGCACUGUCCAUCAUGGCGCUCUCCAUGGAGAAGCUCGAGCGGAUAUUCAGCCCUUCGAGGAAAAAGGACAAGCCCGCCGUCGAAUCACUACCCGUCAUCACGCCACAGCUUCAGUCGCCCAGCAAACCGCUAUUCCCAUCACCGUCCUUCAUCAGACCAACAUCAAAUUCUAUGAAGCCGCGUGAAGAGGAGCGUAGGCUUCGCAAUCCUGACGACAGGGAGAGGGCGUUCAGUAUCUCUAGCCAAGGCCGCACCCACUCUCGACAGCCCUCCAACUCCUCAUCCACGACCCGUGGCGGACAACGCCAUGUUGACCAGUCUACGACGGCGGCUGCCCCAUGCCUGGAUAGCCCCUGCUCAAUAUCGCCCUUCAAGUUCCCAGAAGAUUCCAUCUUCCGUCAUGAGCCAUCGCGUCGCUACUCGAUGCAGAACACCCAAACAAUCAGCCUUAUGGAACAAGUCGACGAAGAGCUAGCAAAUGUUCCUGGCGACGAUGUAUCGUCCCUUGUGAAUACAUCUCCCACAAGGAGGAUCGGCGCGAGGCCCGUUUCGUCCGGGCUCUUUCGACCAGUAGUCUUUGACCAGAGGCCAGAGUCUUUGCGCCUCCCCAUCAACAAAGGCUGUCCAGCAGCCCUUCUCCCUUCACCCAUAAUCAUACCCUCACCGAUAUCACCCUCAAUGGCUGCUGGUGCCUUGAGCAUGCUCGAGUCGCUGCCACCCUCUCCAACCAGGAAUACCUCCACAGAAAAGGAUCUUUGCCUGCCUAUUCUCCCUCGUCUAAAUAGAUUCUCAACCUUGAACUUGCCUCACUUGGAGUCUCCAUCCGGAUCAGAUUCCGAGGAUGAGGGGCCUCGAUACGGACAACACCCUUCUCCAGCAUCGUUGGCUACACCAAACACGUUUUCGACUCGGGAAAGCUUUGAUUCACUCACACACUCCCUUGCGUCUUCGUUCUCGUCAAAGAGAGAAGCACGGGAAACCUGGUGUGCCCGAGCCGAUGACCCUUUCUCAAACAAGACCGCUCACGUGACCGACGGCCCUGAACAAGCAAUCUUAGUGCGCGACUCGUUUGCGUCGUGGCCAUCCGAUCCCAAUCAGGAACGAAUCAUUGAGAUUCUGUGGGAGCCGAGUGUGGACGAGUUUAUGGCGCUUUCCGACGACGAGGUGGCCGAAAGUUACGACACUUAUGCUGCUGAAGAUCUACCGAGACGGCCAACCCCACCACCCAAGGACACCCCAAAGAUGAGCCACCGCAGCAUCACUUUCGUCCACGGCGCAGGCAUCCAAAAGAGCGCAUCUGUUCGCACCGUUCGUGCGGACCAUGACCGAAAAGUCACACAAACCUCGGGGAAGCCAUUAUCCCAGGGCCAGGCAUCUUCGCCAACGGCGAAGACCGCCCCGAUCCGCGCUUCUACGCUGAUCUCCACCAUCGCUACAACUUUUGGGUUCGACGAGAUCUAUAUCAUGAGCUUCUGGCCAGAUGACCGCAAACGCCGUGGCAGGUUGCUUGACUUUCCUAUGCACUUCGAAAAUGCGAGGUACUCGAGAGCGUCCCGCCGCAACUCGAAGUCCAAGGUCACGGGGCGCCUGCUCGCAUCAUACGGCAUUGAAGGGGCGACCGGGUCAUGGGAACUCCCCACGGAUAUUCUUGCCGAAGCAUUGGACACAGAAGAGACUUGCCUGCCCCGUCGAACUCGGUCAAUCGCGGCAUCGUCUUUGCGGCAUUCCACACCCAAAGCAAGCCCAUCAUCACUAGCGGCACCAUCUCCGACCGCAACUUACUUCUAGGCGAUCUCCGCAUACUUGCCAAGGUACUGGUUGACGAGACCAUCAAGAAUCUUUGAGAAACGUAUUACAACUUUGCACAUUGCUUUGAUCAACCUCUCAGUAGCACAUCUGUUUGGGCGCAUACCCUAACGCCAAUCUUCCGCACGCACACACUAUGAUACCCCGAGGCAGGCGUUCACAAAAUCACUCUGUCGUUUUCUCAAAGAACUGCAUCGCUGGCGUCGAUCAGCUGUAGCAACGUCGAAACGAUAUAAUUAUUGGUCUUUGGGUCGUUCGAUUACUUCGUGCAGACAUGGGACAUGAAUGAAUGGGCAACGAGGCACGAGCCAUUUCAGCACAUACAUGGUCAAUGGGGACCUCAAAUGAUAAUAUCAGAUAACACAAUGUACUGCUUGUGAUAUGAGACACAGCUGCCAAGGCACAUGGCAUGAGACGCCCGCGCGG